CAGAUACCACAUAGUACGAUCGAUCAAGUGAUUGCACAAAGUCGAACAUGGCGGAUCACGGCCGUCCUGACCAGCAGGGUGAUUCGUAAGUUCUCUGUCUCAUGCACGCAAUUCGUAUGUAUGUAGGUCGCCGUCCCCCCCAAGGCGCCUCCCGCGUGCCCCGUUGGUCCGCUGCCUGAGAUCUCGGCAGGAUCGAUCGGAGCGGCCACCCCCACUUGCAGAGCCAUGUCCGGCGAUGUCUCUCUGUUCCAUAGAUAUUCUACCUUCUGAAUUUGGUCUAGUUUCGAUUCGUCUCUGAACGAGAAUACAGUACUAUACGUGUAUUGUUAAUCAUAGAUUAUAUUGACCACUCCGCUCCUGUGUUUUUUACUAAUUCUAACCAAAUGACAUGUUACAUGUUCUGGUGUAGGUACAAGGAGCAUCUGCAUGUCUCGCCGGAGGAGCCAAAGCACCACCACCCUUCAGAACUCCCUUCUGAAGUUGCAGCAGUCUCACCUGCUGCUCUAAAGGGUAGAUAUGCUAGGAGUCGAGCAGUUGGGGAUUCCAAGGAAAAGAGUACCCAAUGGAAUAGGAGCCGAGUCGGUUGGGCUUCCGAAGAAAGGAGUACUCCUGAAGGUGUCAACAUGGAGGAGCAUGCUUGGAGGUUUCGGUUCACUUUUCCCCAACCACCGAGAAAGUAUGGUGGCCCGGGUUUCGUUCACGGACGUUCAGUUUUACCGAGGCAGAAGAAACCUUCAGAGGUGAGGAAUGCACUCCGCGAAAAAAGAAUCACGGCCAGACAAAAGGUUGCACGUUACCAUGCCGAGGUAGCCCUGCAUAAAUACAACACAGCAAACAACACAAAGUUUGAACUGGUGGAGAUGCGAGUAAUCCGUUUGUUUUUUGAGUUUGGAGGGGGCUGUAUCCAUUAUAACUUCACAGCUAAGUCUGGGGAUCAUCAUAUUGAUGAUGACAGCAGUACCAAGCUAUUCUUCUCUGAAGUUAACGCUAGCUUUCAGAAUGAAAAUGAUGUAGUCUUGUGCUGUAUAGUUGGGGGAAAUGAUGCAGGGCAUUGCUACGGUUGUGAAGGUCACCAGCCAGUUGUUGUUCACCCUAGCAGCCAAGCAUACGGUGGGGGCAGUAGUACUUGCAUCAAUUUUCCUGGUUCGGACGGCAGCUCAGAUAGUGAUUAGUACUAUGUGAUA